UUCAACUAAUUCAGAAAUCAAAUAAAAAUUUUUCAAAGAAUAAUUCUUUUAAAUAAGAAAUUAAAAAUAUCUAAACACAAACACAAAAAGAUCUAAACGCUAUAAAAAUGAAUUUGCGUCAAAUCUUCUUUGCUCUCUUGAUUGUACUUAUGGCUACUAUCGUAACAGCCUCUCCUUUGAAUUUAGAUCAAUUAAUUAAGAGAAAAAAUGCUCAAAAAGACGAAAGUCCAUCGAAAGAAAAAGACGGCAAAGUCAGGGCUACGUUUGCACCUAAAAAAGGCGGAGGUAAAGGUGGAAUAACAGGCAGCUCCUAGUUUAUUCAUCAUCAUAUUUUGUAUAUUAGAAACUUUUUAUCAAGCAUUAUUCAUUCUCACUUAUUUAGCAUUGUUUCAAAGCAUGAUAUCAAUAAUUGAUCGCAUUAUUAUAAAUUAUAGAAUACUUCAUAUAAAAAAAAAAGUUUACAUAUAUAGUUAGUCAUAAA